AUGCCCAAGAUCACACCAAACUCGGUAGUAGGAAACACUGCGUUGGCGUAUGCGCGCGCAUGGAGGGCGGUUGAUGCGGACGGACAGGUGCUCGGCAGGCUCGCGACACGGAUAGCUAUCGUCCUGAUGGGCAAGCACAAGCCCAUCUUUGACCCAGCAAACGACUGCGGAGACUACGUCGUCGUGACCAACUGCGACAAGAUCCGGGUGACAGGCAAGAAGGCGGAGCAGAAGGUCUACCGACACCACACCAUGUUCCCUGGCGGUUUGAAGACAAUCACCUACAAGACGAUGAUGGAGAAGAACCCUGAGCAGAUCAUCCGCAAAGCCGUCUCUGGCAUGCUCCCCAAGAACCGGCUGCGCGAACCUCGCCUCGAGCGGCUCAAGAUCUUCACGGGGACCGAGACGCCGUACGACGCCAACAUUAUCCGCGACCACGCCGACGAGUUUGGCAAGACGUUCAAGCGAGCGCGCGAGGUCGAGAAGCAGGCGAGCGAGAUUGCGCAGGCGCAGGUAUCGGCGUAG